UGGAGACCAGCUGAAUUUGUUGUGCUCAGUGCGCUGCUGCGGACUAGUUUCAGCGGCCAAGUUCGUCGCAAUUGGUCUUAUGGUGGCGCACUUGUUGAGCCGAACGGGGCCAUGUGUGACCGACCUUUUUUUAAUGUGGAGCCUGUAUAUCGGGUGUUACGGUAAAACGCGCAAGGGAGCUUUCCAGCCCACUGGCCCUGUGAUCGGAACAGCGAAGCCAAGUUAGACAUUUGUAGCCGCGAACUAGUCUUCGGUUACUUGAAUCCUGGUCUAAGGGAUCAGACCGUGUCUGCCGUUUUAUUAUCCAGCCAGUAAAAAUAUAAAGAGAUGUCGGCGAUUGUUAGACGAAUAAUUGGUACUGCCAAAGCUCCAGCAGCGAUUGGACCAUACAGCCAGGCGGUGCUGGUUGACCGCACCAUGUACAUCUCUGGACAACUGGGGAUGGACCCAUCCACUGGACAGAUUGUGCCAGGGGGUGUGACUGCUGAAGCCCGACAGGCUCUUGCAAACAUGGGAGAGAUUCUGAAGACUGCUGGAUGUGAUUAUAACAAUGUUGUGAAGACCACUGUUCUUCUGGCAGACAUAAAUGACUUCAAUGGUGUGAAUGACGUUUACAAGCAGUUUUUCAGAAGCCAUUUCCCAGCAAGAGCUGCAUACCAAGUGGCUGCCUUGCCCAGGGGUGGCCGUGUCGAGAUCGAGGCGGUUGCUGUCCUGGGGCCCAUUGCAGAUGCCUCAUCCUGACUAACCGGCCAGGAGCUGCACAGACUAUGAGCUUGGAGCAGAAGGCUAGAAAGAGAAAGUCAAACGCCGAUCCCAGUGUUUUGUUUUUGGCUUUGUAGUAUUUUUUUAAUCAUGCUCACUGGAUUGAAUCAUGAACAUCAGUACGAGUAAAGGCACAAGAUCCAA